AUGCAUAAAUUAAAUAAAUAUCUAGAUCCACUUUGUGUUAAUAUUGUGAAGUUGAUUACUGAUACAAAUUCGAAAGUUUUUGAUAAUCCGUUGUAUGCAAUCCUUGGAACCACAGCAAUACAAAUUGGUUUAGUUGAUGUAUUGAAUGCAAUUGGCAUUGAAGCGAAUCAUAUGAUUGGCUAUUCCACUGGAGAAUUCGCAUGCGCCUAUGCAGAUUAUUGUUUAACUGCUGAGCAAACUAUUUUAGCUGCAUAUUAUCGUGGAUUAACACUGUUUGAUUCCAAAAUGAUUAGGAAGUCUGUGGCUUUGAGUGAUCUUAAUUCAAAUGAAAUAUUAAAUGAUUAUCCGAUAGAAAUCGAUAGUGGUGAGCAUAUCAAAAAAACAAACAGCUUGGGAAUGUUUGGUUUAGCAGAGCCGGAAUUACUAAAAGAAUUAAGAAAAUUAAUUCCAAAUCCAAAGUCUAGAUCAAAGAAAUGGAUUAGUAAAACUGAAUCAACAAACAUGAAGAAUAAUACGAACGAAGAAUUAUUUAUUCUUGAAAUAUCACCAGAUAAUUCAUUUGUUGACAUAUUAAAAGAUGUUUUUGAUAAAAAGAAUAUAUUUAUUGGAUCGCUGAUGCAAAGGAACGAUCAUAAUUUAAACACAUUAUUUAAUAUUAUUGGAAACUUAUAUACGAAAGGAUUCAAUCCACAAUUGGCAGCAUUGUACCCGGAAGUACAAUUUCCUGUAAGCUGUGGUACUCCAAUGAUCGGACACACCGUAAAAUGGGAACAUUCAAGAAAAUGGCCAGUAACAAAAGAGGGCUUUAGUUUCCUCGAAAAAUCGUUGGAAAAAACGAUUGUAAUCGAUGUGACUACGCCAAAAUAUGAAUAUCUUACAGGCCACAUAGUUGAUGGUCGUAAUCUUUUUCCGGCAACUGGUUACUUAGCUUUAAUGUGGCACGCUUUAUCAGACAUUGAAGGAGAAUUAUUGGAAAAUAUUGCAGUGGAAUUUGAAGAUGUUCAAUUUUUACGCGCUACAAAUAUCUCCACAAAAAAUAAAAUAACAUUUACAACGAUGAUACAAAAGGGUACAGGAAAUUUUGAAAUUUUAGAAGGUGAUUCAGUUGUAGUCACUGGUCGAAUUAAGCGUUUACCUCAUAAUUCCAAAGAAUUACUAAAGCUGCCCGAAGUAAAACCAAUUAUCAAUGAUACUGAUAAGUUAGCGUUAAGCUCACGUGACAUUUACAAAGAGUUGCGCUUACGUGGUUACAAUUACCAAAAUGAGUUCAAGGGCAUUAUAUCUACGGAUAAUGGUGGCUUUGUUGGACAAAUUCAAUGGAAACCAGGCAUGUGGACUGCAUUUAUGGAUAAUAUGCUACAACUUCAAAUAUUACAAGAAGAUGCCAGAUUUCUGUAUGUUCCGACAAGUGUACAAAAAUUAACAAUAUAUCCGCAUGAACAUUUCAAACAUAUCCAUGAACACGAAGAUGGUAGACAAUCAAUAACCGUCACAAAUUACAAAGAAUAUAAAGUGCUGCAAGGGGGUGGCAUCCAAAUUAUGGGUUUAAUGGCAACAUCAAUAAAUCGUCGUAAACCUUUGGCUGAUGCUGUUUUAGAAAAACAAGAAUUUGUUCCAUUAAUAAAUUGUAUUUCCCAAAAAUAUACUGUUGUUGACGCUGUGCGAAUAUUUUUCCAAAUCGGCUUAGAGAAUAACCCUAGUGUUAAAGUAAAAGUGGUUGAAGUUGAUAAUGAAGUCAACGAUAUAUUGGCACCUGUAAUUUUUGAAGUUCUUAGCGACCUACCAUUAAUUCAACCUGAUAUAACAGUUCUUUCAAAUCGAUCGAUUCAAUUGCCAAAUAAUUGUCAAGUUUCUAACAAACCAUUAGAAACUGAAUCCAAAGCUGAUUAUAUUGUGACAUAUGAUUUACUAAACAAUCCAAAUUUGGAAUCCACAAGACUGGCCAAAUGUUCUCCUGCACAUCCAGAAGACACUAUUUGCCUAGGUUAA